AUGGGUGUAAAGAAAUUCGUGAAGAAGGGUUUAGGAGAAAUGGGGUUCAACGCCGGCGGUGGAGUUAUCAAUUGGUUCCCUGGUCACAUGGCCGCAGCCUCUCGCGCCAUUCGCGAUCGACUCAAGCAAGCUGACCUUGUCGUUGAGGUCCACGACGCUCGAAUUCCCCUGUCGUCUGCCAACCAGGACCUUCAUUCUCACCUCUCUGCCAAACGACGGGUUAUUGCUCUCAAUAAGCAGGACCUUGCCAAUCCCAAUAUCAUGCCGAAAUGGGUUCGUCAUUUUGAAUCAUUCCAACAAGAUUGUAUUCCCAUAAAUGCACACAGUAAUACUUCUGUUAGGAAGCUUCUUGAGCUGGUGGAGUUUAAAUUGAAGGAAGCGAUUUUGAAAGAGCUAACUCUGCUUGUUAUGGUUGUUGGGGUUCCUAAUGUUGGAAAAUCUGCUUUGAUUAAUUCCAUUCAUCAAAUUGCGUCAUCUUACUUUCCUGCGCAAGGGAAGAAUAAGAGAGCAACAGUAGGUCCUCUGCCUGGUGUUACUCAAGAUAUUGCUGGUUUCAAGAUUGCUCAUCAGCCGAGCAUAUAUGUACUGGACACUCCAGGUGUACUGGUUCCAAGUAUCCUAGAUAUAGAGACAGGACUAAAGCUUGCUCUUGCAGGGUCUGUGAAAGAUUCAGUGGUUGGAGAAGAGCGUAUUGCCCAGUACUUACUUGCAGUUUUAAAUACCCAAGGGACUCCUUUUCAUUGGAAGCACUGGCACAACAGGAGAGCAGAAGGAAUUCGAUAUGAUUCUGCUGAAACAGGGGAACACAGUCUUAAAGAUCUUCGAUCAAGGAGAAAACUGCAGGAUAAGUCUAGUGUUCUAUACAUUGAGGUAAAUACCUUUUCUGUUUUUCUAGGAGUUGCAAUUUCAAUGGUUGAUAUCUUGAGGUUGCUACUUCUUGAAUAG